UCUCUCUCUCUCUCUCUCUCUCUCUCUCUCUACUUUGCUUUUCUCAUUCACAUCUGUAUUCAUUAAUCAAUCGUCAUCACCAACAGCAACCCUCAAACCAAAUGGCGCAAGUUAGCGAGCUCCCCUGCGACGGCGAGGGCGUGUGCAUGGUCUGCAAGCAGAAGCCGGCGGAGGCGGAGGUCCUCGCGUGCAAGACGUGCGUCACGCCGUGGCACGUCGCGUGCCUCACCUCCGCGCGGCCGCAAACCCUAGCGGACACGGCGCACUGGGAGUGCCCCGACUGCUCCGAUCUCUCCUGCGCCGCGCCGGCCGUCUCCGGGGGCGGGCUGGUGGAGAAGAUCCGCGCGAUCGAGGCCGAUGCGUCGCUCACGGACCUGGAGAAGGCGAGGAGGCGGCAGGAGCUGCUCGGGGGGGCGAAGGAGGGCGAGGAGGCGGAGGGGAAGGGGAAGGAGACGGACGGGGACGGCGCUGGCAGUGUUUUGGGGAUUUUGGGGGACCAGUUCAACUGCUCCAUUUGCAUGCAGCUUCUAGAUCGACCUGUUUCGACACCAUGCGGUCACAACUUCUGCUUGAAAUGCUUUCAAAAAUGGACUGGGCAACAACGCAUGAAGACUUGUGCUAUUUGUCGGAAGAUGAUUCCUGUCAAGAUGGCAAAGGAGCCUCGAAUCAACUCUGCCAUUGUUAUGGCAAUCAGAAUGGCUAAAGCUUCCCAGUCUAACAUCUCUGUAGGCCCUGCAAAGAUAUCCCAUUUUAUCCACAACCAGGAUCGCCCCGACAAAGCAUUUACCACAGAGCGAGCGAAAAAAACCGGAAAGGCUAAUGCAUGCAGUGGGAAGAUUUUUGUCACAAUCCCUUCAGAUUUUCUUGGUCCAAUUACACCAGAGUAUGACCCGACAAGGGGCUUAGGUGUUAUGGUUGGAGAAACAUGGGAAGAUAGGAUGGAAUGCAGGCAGUGGGGCGCUCACUUCCCCCAUGUUGCAGGUAUUGGGGGCCAGUCUAAUCAUGGGGCCCAGUCGGUUGCACUCUCGGGUGGCUAUGAAGAUGAUGAGGAUCAUGGAGAAUGGUUUCUCUACACGGGGAGUGGUGGACGUGAUCUUACUGGGAAUAAACGGACGAAUAAGAAGCAGUCGUUUGACCAGAGCUUUAAAAGCUCCAACGAAGCUUUAAGAGUCAGUUGCCGUGAGGGCUAUCCCGUACGAGUUGUGAGGUCCCAUAAAGAAAAGCGGUCUUCUUAUGCACCAGAGGGGGGUGUACGCUAUGAUGGGGUUUACAGGAUUGAGAAGUGCUGGCGCAAGGCUGGCCAACAAGGAUUUGUGGUCUGCCGAUAUCUGUUUGUUCGUUGUGAUAAUGAUCCAGCACCGUGGACCAUUGACACCCACGGAGAUCGUCCAAGACCCUUACCUUCAAUUCCUGAGUUGAAGCAAGCUAAGGAUAUUACUGAAAGGAAAAAGAGUCCUGCCUGGGAUUUUGAUGAGCAAAAGGGUGUCUGGACUUGGACAAGACCUCAACCGCCCAGUCAAAAAACACUUGUUGACGGUGAUAAAGUAAAGAUCACCAAGAGAAAAAACCGAAGUGGGACUGGGUCUGUUAAGGAAAAGCUUUUGAAAGAAUUUAGUUGCCUCAUCUGUCGGAAAGUGAUGGUUCAGCCACUCACCACUCCCUGUGCUCAUAACUUCUGUAAGGUGUGCUUAGAGGGUGCCUUUGCUGGCCAAUCUCACGUCAAAGAGAGAAAAAAUGGAGGGAGGACACUUCGUGCACAAAAAAAUGUCAUGAAAUGCCCAUCUUGCCCACAAGAUAUUUCCGAGUUCCUCCAAAAUCCUCAGGUCAACAGGGAGUUGAUGAACGUUGUUGAAACGCUACAGAACCAGUUGGAGGAGGAGAACUCGAAGGCUAAGGAGACCGAGGAUGCCCAAAGCUUGAGUUCAAGUGAGAAUGCUGAUGGAGAGGGCUCGGAAGUGGAAAUGCGAGAAGAUGCUGACAGCAUCGAUGAAGAUGCUAUUAGUGUUUCUAAGCGAAGGAAGCUUAGCAAUGAUGGUGCUGAAGCGGGAGAAGCAGAUGGGGCGAAAGAUGAUGAGGCGGGAAAACCAGGUAUGCUUGCUGAUGGAGAAGAGAGCACAGAAGUGAAUGUGCAAGAAAGUGCAGACAGCAUGGACGAAACACCAGACUUUGUUGCUGAAAACAAAGAGAACUGCGAUGUGAAUGCUGAAAGCAUGAAAGGGGACAAGGCUGAGAAGCCUUCAAAUGACUCAAUAGCUGUUCCUGCUUCUCCGCAAAAGAAACCUGAUGCAGGAGUCCCAGAACCCUGUGAGCCAGCAAAGCGUGGGCGUGGUAGGCCUAAGAAAGCCUCCAUGCAGAACAAUUCCGGAGCGAAUUAGUCUAGGAGCAGGCAAGGAGCAUAGAGAGGUUUCAGAUGAUGCUGGUACCUCUGCCGUCUCUUCUCCUUAUAUUUUGCCAUAGGCGCCCCAAUGUGGGAAACUCUGGGCCUAUUUUUGAUAUACUAUUAUUUACUAGAGGUGUGGUAUAAACAACAUUUUUUGUGAUUUCAUGGGUAGAGUUUUUCUCUUGGUAUAAUUUCAAGAGAGGUUUUGUAACUGUGGAUGUGAUGGUGUUUACCAUCUAUAUUCCAUGUUAAGCUUUUAACCCUUUCAAA